AUGGGGGAGAACAGUGUCGUUAAUAAAACGAACCCAGCCGGACAUCAAGACAGUGAGAUCGACGCAAGCAGUCAAUAUGAGGGUAACGAAGCAAAUUUCCUGGAGAUACCAAUGAAUGACAACGCUAUCACAGAGGAAGUCGAGGAGAUAAAUUUAGAUAAUCUUAUACCAGGUGAAAGCUUGGUAGGGAUACCGAGAAUGUUUAUCUCAACAGAUGUUCCAUUGAAGUUGGAUUUUUUCUUUUAUGAUAUCGAAGACCCUACAUAUCACUUAGCUCCGAAAUGUAACGACAGACUUUUGGACUGCUUUCGUUUCAUCGCACAGCAGAAUGGGACACAUAUCUUCUGUUAUUGCAUGUCCCAAGGGAAUGGGAGAUUUGAGCGGUUGACACAGGGUCACUUCGGCUGUGGGAAGAUUUGGAUGGAUAUUAAGCGUUACUUGGAGCAAGAGGUAGGUGAUGACCUUAUCGGUAUUUUCAUCGCUCACAUGUCUACAGCGCUGGUCUAUCCGAGGAGAAAAGCAUCACGGAUGUUUGCAAAGUAUUUCCGGCGUGACGGCUUUUUACGAGAACAUUACAUCCUUAGCCAUGAAUACCUUUUCAUCCAUACCCCCGCGUGGGGAAGAGUCAGGCAUUGUACGGAGUCAGAGUACGAACCCAAUGAUGUCAAAUUCUUCUCGGACAAGGCCACCCAAAUUAUCAAUGGAGUUACCGUUGAGAUUGGAAUGUUAAAGUUCAAAAUGUUUGAUGCCGAUGUGGAGGACCCGGCUGGCAUAUUGGAGAACAAAAGAUUCCUUCUUGGAAAAUCCGUCCGAACGAUGAAGAACAAAAAGAAUCUCUCGCAAGGCUCACGAAAGAAGAUGAUAGCGGCCGAGGAAAAGUUCUUGGAAGUUGAAAAACGCAUGGCUGACCCAAAUAUCAUUACCUAA